AGUUGCGCGCUGCGCUUCCACUAUCUCAAGCGCGUCCCCGCGUGCGCACGCAUCCGUUCUGCUGCGGCUCUAUACGGUACACGACACAGAAAACGAGAGACGAGGAAAACCAGACAGGAAAGAAAAGGAAGACUGACAGGGGUGCCAAGAGCGACAGAAUAGGAAUAGGCGGAGAGAGAGAGAGAGAAGGGUCGAGUGCUUUGAGAGACGGGAGUGAUGAUGACAGCGGCGGUGUUCUGCGGGGCUUUGCUGAUGCUGGCUCUGGCCUCGGCCGGGGAUGCUGCGGGGGAAGGCGGAAUCUCGUUCGAGUACCACCGAUAUGAGGAGAUGCGGAAAGCGCUGGUGUCCGUGUGGCUGCAGUGCCCCUCCAUCACCCGCAUCUACACGGUGGGCGAGAGUCACGAGGGCCGAGAGCUUCUGGUGCUGGAGAUGAGCGACAACCCUGGGGUCCAUGAGCCUGGCGAGCCGGAGUUUAAGUACAUUGGGAACAUGCACGGUAAUGAAGCAGUGGGCAGAGAGCUGCUCAUCUAUCUGGCUCAGUAUCUCUGUAAUGAGUACCAGGAGGGCAACGACACCAUCAUCGACCUGAUCCACUCCACACGCAUUCACAUCAUGCCCUCCAUGAAUCCUGACGGCUUUGAGAAAGCAGCCUCACAGCCUGGUGAGAUGAAGGACUGGUUUGUGGGCCGCAGCAAUGCUCAGGGGAUUGAUCUGAACCGAAACUUUCCAGAUCUUGAUCGCAUCAUCUACAUGAAUGAAAGAGAGGGUGGAUCCAACAACCAUCUCCUGAAAAACAUGAAGAAAGCUGUGGAUGAAAACACCAAGCUGGCACCAGAAACUAAGGCUGUCAUUCACUGGAUUAUGGACAUUCCUUUUGUGUUGUCAGCCAAUCUGCAUGGAGGAGACGUGGUGGCCAAUUACCCAUAUGAUGAGACGCGUAGUGGUUCUACUCAUGAAUAUAGUGCUAGUCCAGAUGAUCAGGUGUUUAAGACUUUGGCUAAGGCCUACUCCAGCUAUAACCCAGUGAUGUCCGACCCAAACCGACCGCCAUGCCGCAAGAAUGAUGAUGACUCCAGCUUCAAAGAGGGCAUCACGAACGGAGGAGCCUGGUACAGUGUGCCUGGAGGCAUGCAGGACUUUAACUAUCUUAGCAGCAAUUGUUUUGAGAUCACCCUGGAGCUGAGCUGUGAUAAGUUUCCUCCUGAGGACACACUCAAGCAGUACUGGGACCAGAACCGUAACUCACUGGUCAGCUACAUAGAGCAGGUUCACAGAGGAGUGGCGGGAUUUGUGCGGGAUCUACAAGGAAACCCCAUCUCAAACGCUUCUAUUUCUGUUGAAGGAAUUGACCAUGAUAUCACCACAGCUAAGGAUGGUGACUACUGGCGCUUGUUGGGUCCUGGUAACUACAAAGUGUCAGCAUCUGCUCCUGGGUACCUGACUGUGGUCAAGAAAGUGGCUGUUCCCCAUAGCCCUGUCACACGGCUGGAUUUUGAGCUGGAGUCGCUGGAAGAGAGGAAGGAGGAAGAGAAGGAGGAGCUCAUGGAUUGGUGGAAGAUGAUGUCAGAGACACUCAACUUCUAACUCACCUGAGGCUUUGGCCUACACAAGCAUCAUAGGUGUAAAAUAUUCAUUGUUGUUGUAUGUGUGUGCUCAUCAACUUAAAAUAACAUAAUUCAGUUUAUUGGUUUGUUUUGGCUGUUUUGCAUUAGAGGUACUGCAUUUUUACAUUUAUAACAGCCAUUCAUUAAGCCAUUCCUACAUUAACAAAGACAACCAGUGUUACUCAGUAUUUGCAUAUAUGGUUGUCCUUGUAAAUAUGGAUGAAUAUAAAUAAAUGAAAUGCUAUGUAGAUCUGGUAAAGUGCUAGUUGACCCUAUUGUAGGGUUUUUGCGAUUUCGAUCAACUAGGUUAGUGUUACUCUAGAGCAAGUUUCCUUCAGUCAAGCAAAGGUUAUUACUGUACAUGCACACACAGAAAAGAAACACGGAGAACACAGACAUUUGAUAUUGUGGAGGCCAAUUGACCGAUUUAUCACUCUUUUGUAAGGUUGUGUUUUACACUGAUAUUGUGAGAUUAUUUUGUAACUAUGAUCACCAAUCACUCUAACCAAUCAGAGAGCACUGUGUUGUGAUGAAUGUACAUCAGCAAUGAAUAUUACUAUUUAUUCUGACUAUGACUGAAGCCAUUGUAGACUCAUUCACACCUUGAUCUCAAGUCUCUUUCUGUCCCUGUGGGUUUCAAUAAAAUUAUGCUUGAUGUUUUGAACGGGAGUGCUUUUGAUAAACCUGUUUCAUUUACAAAUGCUUUAAUAAUUAUCAUAUCCAGACAAUUGCUCAGAUGAAAAGAAAAUGGAAAAGGUUAUCAAUUGAACUCCUUUUUUAUGUUAUAAGAACUAUAUAGGAAACUAAAUAAUUCUGAACGUAUGAUAGCUAUAAAUCUGUAUUAUCUAUGUUUAUCAAGCAGUGAGUUUCAUUUCAGAUCAUAUAACAGCAGAUUUUAAUGGCACAAACUAAUAAAAUAGACAUUUAUUUAGAUCGUAUGGUUUUGUAAUGAAUACCAAAAUGCACAAUGAAAAUGUGCCCGAUGAAGUCCUAUCUGCAGUCUCUAUUGAACAUUCUGUAAUAUAUUGUCUUUUUUGUCUGUUUCAGUAUCUUUAUAGUUAGUGUAUUUCUGUAAUAUGAAAUGGCAUGUUAAUGCUAAAUCAAUCAACAUUAAGUCUAUAAUCCUGCAUUCAGAAUUUUUAAUUAAAACCCUUUAGUUUGGGAAAUUUCUUAAUCUAAAUUAAACCCAAGCUUAAACUUUCAACAUUAAUGCCAUAAAUUGGCAUUUCAAGUCAGCUUAUGUAUUUUUCCUUUGAGACUUCAGUGGUAUGUCUUGUAUAUGAAUGUAAUGAUUUAAUUGAAUGAUGCAGUUCGCAACCAAAAUAAACUUCCUUUUCUGUUUUCAGUCUA